GACAGCCACCAUCCAUUGCUCUCCUCUCCCCAUCUCCUCACCACCAGACCUCCUCUCCACUCAUCUGCUGCAACCUCAGUUCAUCCGGAACCCUGAGCAAAGUCAAUCCUCCCUCAGGUCCUUCACCCUCCCCCAAAUUAGCCCUCAUUAUCAUGGACACCACAAGAAACGUCGCCUCCAUCUCUGAGGCACUCUACCACCUGCUCGUCAUGAUGUUGACACUAGGCCAAGGCGUUCACUCAAUGCCUGUUCCUACUGAUGUCCCAAUGUGCACGGCCGCGGAAACUGCCCAGUACAGGCUAACGUUUACUGGCAAGUGGUCCCAGGCAGCCUUCCCUAAACAGUAUCCUGUCUACCGUCCCCCUGCACAGUGGUCAAACAUUAUCGGAGUGACUCACAGCUCCGACUAUCACAUCUGGCGGCGUAAUGAGUUUGCCAGCAACGGAGUGAGAGAGUUUACGGAGAAAGGUGAGGCCUGGACACUCAUGAAGGAAGUCGAGGAGGCCGGCGAACGCAUCCAGAGCGUUUAUGGUAUCCUCUCCGCUCCCGCUGUUGUGGGAGGCACAGGCCAGAUGAACACUGAGUUUGAGGUCUUCGCCAGGCACUCCUAUCUGUCAUUUAUCGUGCGAAUCGUUCCGAGCCCGGACUGGUUUGUGGGUGUGGACAGUGUUGACCUCUGCGAUGGCGACCAAUGGAAAGAGAAUGUGUCGCUGGAGCUUUUCCCAUAUGAUGCAGGAACUGACAGCGGGUUCACUUUCUCUUCUCCCAACUUCGAGACCAUCCCACAGGACAAAAUCACACAGAUCACCUCUUCCUUCCCUAACCACCCCGCCAACUCCUUUUUCUACCCCCGCCUGAAGCACCUCCCACCCAUUGCCAAGGUAAUGCUGACCAAGAUAAAGAAGACCAAUCAGAUCAUCAGCCUGCCUGUGGAGCCCACCCAGUCCAACCAACUGCCAACAGGAAACGAGAUAGAAGACAAGCUCAUAAAUACGCCCCUGGACUGCGAGGUGUCAGUGUGGUCUCCUUGGGGCUUGUGCAAAGGCAAGUGUGGAGACUCAGGCGUGCAGCACCGCACACGCUACAUCCUAAUGCACCCAGCCAACAACGGGGCAGCCUGCCCCCUGCUGGAGGAAGAGAGGAAGUGCUUCCCGGACAACUGUUUAUGACUAAGCCAGGAGAGGAGGGAGAAGAAGGAGAGGAAGGAGAGGAGAGAGAAGAAAGAGAGGAAAGCCAGGAAAGGGAGGAAAGGACGAAGACGGAGAAACAACAGCAAAAGGUCUGCAGUGAAUUCACGUGAGGCAUAAAUAUGAAAAGCUGGACUCCCUUCCUUCCUCCCUGAUCAUGCUCUCUUUAUGUGGAAAUUAAUAAUGUACUGAUUGAUUGACUGACUGUUAAAUCGGGAGAGUCACACUGCAAGUCUUAUCCUCAAGUCAUAUUGAUAGGUCUGACAGCACUACAGAGGUGUAGUUUGGCAGGAGAGCUAUUAGACACCAGUUCAGUUUUGGCAGAUUAUCAACCUUGUCUGGGGAUAGAACAUCGCUGUUUUAAACACAGCCAUUUACUGAAAACAUAUCUUCACAUUGUAAUUGGUUUUGCUUUGACAUUUCUAAAGAUCACAGACAUUUAUUUGUUCAGAGUGGAUUAUAAAUCCCAGCAGCUUUCAUCUAGCCGAUCUGGAAAGAAAUCCAUAUAGAUGAAUCUUAAGAUCUGAAAUCCCUGUGUCUAAGAAGUACUUAACAGAGAAUCCAAAUAAUAUCAGCUUUGGCACAGGGGAAAACAAGAUGCCUCAAUAGUUCCAUAGUUCCAUUAGCAGAAGUAGUACUUACAGAAAAGUGAGUCAGACACAGAACUUAAUGUCUUCUAAACUAUGCCACAUUCAAAACAUAAUGUUUACAGAGACAUUGUAGUUGUUUUCCUCAAGACAAAGAAUAUAUUUAUUGACAGGAUUUUAACCUGUAGUGUACAGUAUAUCGAAUCUGAAAGUAAGAAUUUGUAUUCCUUUAUGGUAUUGAGAUAUUAUGUCAAUACAGAAAAUGGGUUUUUUUUUGUAAAAAAUACAAAAAAUGUACAAAAAAUGUAUGUUGUCUGUA